AUGACUUCAGAACUUCUGUGCUUCGUGAUUCUGGAAUUAAUUGAAUCUGAAUGUGAAGCAAAGUCGAAGGAAGAAUCAGAAGAGAGGAAAAUUGAAAUGGAGGUCGAAGCUCCGACAAUGGCAGGAUCCACAAUUAAGCUAACAGUCAAAUUCGGAGGCAAUUCAAUACCACUUUCGGUAUCACCAGAUGUUACCGUCAAAGACCUCAAGUCUCUUCUCCAACCAAUCACCAACGUUCUUCCUCGCGGCCAGAAACUCAUCUUCAAAGGCAAGGUUUUGGAAGACACGUCGACUUUGAAUCAAUCUAAGCUGGGAGAUGGAGCGAAAAUCAUGUUAAUGGCUUCUCAAGGUCUGCAUCAAGGGGAAGGUCCAGUGCUUAAGGAAGCAAGUACAAGGCCAAUCUCUAGAGCUGUUGUAUCUGAUAAAGCAGAGCACACAAAACCUGGUCUCCUCGUAGACAAGAACCGCACUGAUCGAUGGAAAGCCACAGGAGUCAUUGCUUUAGCUCAAGCCAAUUUGAAGGAAAUACCUGAAGAAGUGUGGGAGUGUGGAUCCAGAGCCAGAGUACUUGACGUCAGCGAAAACUUCAUUUCAGAAGUACCUGCUCGAAUCAGCUCUUUUGAUUCUAUUCAUAAACUGUUUCUUCAAGGAAAUGCUCUGUCUGAUGAAUCCAUUCAAUGGGAAGGGAUCGCUUCUCUCAAGCGUCUCAUGCUUCUCUCCAUUAGCCAUAACAAUCUAACUGUUCUGCCCUCAGAAGUGGGUUCACUGACGUCUCUUAAGCAACUUGAUGUUGCCAACAACAAGUUGACAAGUCUACCGAAUGAGAUAGGACUUCUAACGCAGCUUGAGAUAUUGAAAGCCAACAAUAACAGAAUCAGUAGCGUUCCUGAGAGUAUCGGAAACUGUUCUUUCCUCAUGGAGGUUGAUCUCUCAGCAAAUAUUGUAUCAGAACUUCCAGAGACAUUCACCAAACUGCGUAAUCUAAAGACGCUGGAGGUGAACAACACAGGAUUGAAGACUCUGCCAUUGGGUUUAUUCAAGAUGUGUUUGCAGCUGUCAACAUUAGGACUCCACAACACUGAGAUAACGGUUGAAUUUCUCCGUCAGUUUGAAGGAUGGGAUGAUUUUGAUGAAAGGCGAAGAACAAAGCAUCAGAAGCAGCUUGAUUUUCGUGUUGUUGGGUCUGGCAGAUUCGAUGAAGGCGCUGAUAAGUCUUGGUGA